AGGCUCACGCCCCGGGCUCGCUGACCCCGAGGAAGCCUCCCAUGAGGACAGGCCCUGCAGUUGGUGAGCGUGGCCCAGCAACCAUCGCACUGCAUCUGCUGAGCGCUCACCACCUGCCCGGCAUGCAUGAUGCUGUGGGAGUCUCAGCCACCCCGUGAUGAUCUCACCACUGUUUCUCAGAUGAGAAAACCAAGGUGGGACCAGCAUUCCAGUCCAGGUCUGGCCUGGGCCUAAGCUCUGAGCCCAACACCAGGCUGCUUCCCUUUCACCUAUUGAGGGAAAGAUGCCCAUUUUCUGGUAAUAAUGGGGGUGAUACUAAGAUUUACUGAAUACAGAAUGAAGCAGGUUAAGGACUCUUAUACAUAGAUCAAAUAGAGGUUUCCAGAUAAAGAAUAAAAUUCUUGAUUUUUUUUCCCAAUGACUGGUGCCGCCACAUAAGCGGGUAUUAACUCACAGGAUGUUGGUGUCAUGUGCCGGCAACAUGAGUGCAGUGCAGUGAGUAUCCUCAGCAUAUGUAUUCCUGUGCCUUGCCAUAGACUUGCCAAGUCAUGUGCUCUUUGGAAAGAGCCUAGAAAUCAGUUUUAAAAGCUCCCCAGGGUAACCAUCAUAUGACUCGGCUAUUCCACUGCUUGAGGUAGACCCACAAAAAUUGAAACCUGGUGUUUGAACAAAAUCUUGUACACAUAGCUGCGCUAUUCACAGUAGCCAAAAGUUGAAAAAAGCCACAUGUGCAUUAGUGGAGGAAUGGAUGAGCAGGAUGUGGCCUUGCCCUGUGGCGGAGUAUCAGCCCUCAAAGGAGCAGCACUGAUACACUGCAGGGUGGGCGAACCUCAGGAAGCUCCUGCUGAGGGAAGGAAGCCAGACACACAGGACCGCACAGCGUGUGACUCUGCGACUCUGAGUCACUGGCCAGAGCAGGCAGAUGCGGGGACAGAGCAGGUCUCCUUGGUCUUCCUGAUCAGCGGGCUGGUCAUCCUGGGCUAUGCUGCCUCCGUCAGCGGCCAGACCACCUACCAGGGCGUGGUUGGAGGGCUGUGCGGCCCCACCAUUGGGAAGCUGUGUGAGGCCUGCUUCAUCGUCAACCUGCUCAUGAUCUCUGUGGCCUUCCUCAGGGUGAUCGGGGACCAGCUGCAGAAGUUGUGUGACUUCCUGCUGCCCGGGGCUCCGCCGGCCCCGCAGCCCUGGUACGUCGACCAGCGUUUCACCCUGACCCUGCUCUCUGCUCUGGUCAUCCUGCCUCUGUCCAUCCCACGGGAGAUCGGAUUCCAGAAGUACACAAGCAUCCUAGGCACCCUUGCUGCUUGCUACCUGGCCCUGGUCAUCGCGGUGCAGUACUACCUCAGACCCCCAGGCCUCAUCAGUGAGCCCCGCUCUGCACCAGGUCCUUCCUCGUGGACCUCCGUAUUCAGUGUCUUCCCCACCAUCUGCUUCGGAUUUCAGUGUCACGAAGCUGCCAUCUCCGUCUACUGCAGCAUGCGCCACCAGAGCCUCACGCACUGGGCCCUGGUCUCCGUGCUGUCCUUGCUGGCCUGCUGCCUCGUCUACUCGCUGACAGGAGCUUACGGUUUCCUGACCUUUGGGACAGAAGUUUCUGCUGACAUCUUGAUGUCCUACCCAGGCAAUGACAUGGUCAUCGUCGUCGCCCGGGUCUUCUUCGCCAUCUCCAUCGUGACUGUCUACCCCAUCGUGCUCUUCCUGGGCAGGUCGGUGAUGCAGGAUUUCUGGAGGAGGAGCUGCUGCCAGGUGCGUGGGCGCAGGAGGCUGGCCGACCCCUCAGGGCCGAGGCCCCGGAUGCUCCUGACUGUCGUGUGGGUCGCCGUGACGCUCGCCCUGGCCCUGGCACUGCCAGACCUCAGUGAGAUUGUCGGCAUCAUUGGUGGCACCAGCUCUUCUUUCAUCCUCACCUUCCCAGGUCUGUGCCUCCUCUGUGCCAUCAACACUGAGCCCAUGGGACCACGGGUCAAGUGCGGCUUGGAGAUCUGGGGCGUGGCCUCCGUGCUCCUGGGCACCUUCAUCUUCGGGCAGAGCACAGCCGCAGCCAUCGUGGAGCUCACCUGAGGGGUGGCCUGCACCUGAGCAGCAGACUCCUCCGCGGGCCAACCGGGGGCGGCUGUGUGAACAGCUGUGAGACGGGUGUCCUUUCCCCAUAAAGAUGCUGGAGAAACAGACA